CGAUAGAGGGCAGUGGUAAACGCUUCUAACGAGCAUUACAUCACACAAAGAAGAAAGGGAUCGCGCAGUCGCAGACUGAAAACAAAACAUGUAAAAUUGUAAAGCGUUUGGUAAAACUACUAAAACUAGCCGCUGAUGCUUGAACAGGAUGAAUCCCGAGAGCAAGGACGAGCCUGUUGUUUACCAAAGUGUCGUGUUGAAGAACGCCGCUCCGUAUCAGUACAUGAAAGUCUGCCUCGUGCUGGAGGACAAGUCCACCAAAGUGAGUGCAGUUGACCUGAAGCAGUUCAUCGUCACUGGCUUAAAGAGUCUCCAUGGAGAGGUGGGUGCCGCGUUACACUUUGAUGUGCUGAAGUACGACGAAGACACCCUCACUGCUUUCCUGCGUGUAUCCACAAUUGGCUUGGUGAAGCUGUGGAGCUCGUUGACACUGCUGGGCUUCUACAACAAACAGAGCUGCGCUUUUCGAGUGCUACAGGUGUCACCAUUCCUGCUGUCUUUGACGGGAAACAGUCGUGAGCUGGAGCUGGAUUGACACCGCAGACAAUUGACGAGAACCAUGUGGAGUCAAGUCAGAACUUUGCUGUCCUCCUCCAUCCCGACGACGGUGGCGGGAGCACGGCUUCAC